CCCGCACCGCCGAUCAGCUAACUGACUGUUGCAGCGACGUUGAGGCAUUGAACAAACAUAUAUUCAGAAGACAUCGUCAGGCUUGCUGUUUACCUCGCGUCACUAGACAUAUCCUUUGGGGCUAAGAUUUGAAUCGACGACCACCACGCAUCGUAACCGGUUGAAUCAACAAAGACAAUUUCCAAGAUGGCCGCUCAACAGCAAACGCGGGUCCUCAGGGUAGGCAUUAUCGGCUGCGGCGAGAUCACCCAGGUCAAUCACAUCUCCAAUCUCAACUUUCUCUACGAGCGCUACCAGACGACAUAUCUCUGUGACAUAUCCCAGCAAGCCCUCGCCCACUGCGCUAGGAAGGUCCAAGGGGGGACACCCAAGACGACUUCCGACGCGGCGGAACUGUGCUCCUCGCCCGACGUCGACGUCGUGUUGAUCGCCAACGCUGACGCAUAUCACGUCGACCACGGCAUCCUGGCCCUACAGAAUGACAAGUACGUCCUCAUCGAGAAGCCCGUCUCGGUCUGCUUCCGCGAUCUGGACCUCCUCAUCGAGGCCGAGAAGAAGUCUAAGGCCAAGGUCAUGGUCGGCACCAUGCGCCGGUUCGCAACUGCUUUCACAGACGCCGUCGAGGAGGUCGGCGGCAUGGACAAGAUCCAGUACGCCAGGGUGCGGGACAUUAUCGGGCCCAACUCGACCUUUGUCGAUCAAUCUGGCACGUUUCCUCUCAAGUUUAGCGAUUACAGCGAGGCCGACACCAACGACCGACUCAAGCGCGAGGAAGACAUCUUCGAACAGGCACUCGGGAAGGAGUUCGGGGUGCCGGUCACCUCUAACUCGCAAACUAUGUUGCGCAUCCUUGGAGGACUCGGAACGCACGACCUUUCCGCGAUGAGGGAGAUCGUUGGCAUGCCCAAGAGCGUCGCCGGGGCCUGCCUGACAUUCCCGGGCAUCUUCAGCGUUCUUUUCAAGUACGACGACUUCCCCGUAACGUACGAAUCCGGCUUCAGCAACGUGCCGCAAUUUGACGCCCACAUCGAGGUGUACUCCCCCAACAAGAUCGUCCGCGUCAACUUCGACACCCCCUACGUCAAGGGGCUGCCCGUCACAAUGACCGUCAGGGAACUGGUGGGCAAGGACGGCUUCCAGGAGCGGACCGUCAGGAAGACAUACCAGGACCCGUACACGAACGAGUUCCUCGAGUUCUACGACUGCGUGGUCAACGGCAAGGCGCCCAAGACGAGCGCCGCGGACGCGAGGAAUGACGUAGAGCUGUUCAAGAUGAUCCUCCGGGCCGAUGCUGGCAGAUACUAAAGCACAUAACUCGAUAUU